UUCUCCGAGGUGACAGUCGGUAGAUGCGUCGCAACUACCAACUUAGGUGACAAGUUUGGUGAUACGAGUUCAUUACUCGAGUGCGUCGCAAUCCUAGAACCAUUCGAACAAACCCACAUUCCCAUACCUGAAAGCUCUCUGACGAGCUUGCUGAGCAUCCCGACUUAUCGCUCACUCACUCGCCACGAUGCUUACUUUCAAACGGGCGGUCGUAUUCGCCGCCCUCUUCCUCGCCCUCAUCUUCUUCCUUCGAUCGUCGCAUUCUCCGCCAACGAAUUCCGAUUUCACGGUACCGAAUACUGCUGGGCUCAAGUCCACCGGAAAUUCCGCUUCGCCGCAGGAAUCAGCAGAGCAGAUUGUCGCUGAAACGGCCCUCGCUCCUGGCAGCUCAAGGAAGAAGGAACAGACCGCGAAGCAAAAGCAGAAACAGGCAGAGAUUCAGAAAACGCUUGUCGACAUGGCCAACAAGCCGCUGCGCGACCAGCUGGCGUACCAAUUCCCCUACGACGUUGAAUCCAAGUUCCCUGCAUACAUCUGGCAAACAUGGAAAUACACGCCUGCAUCAGGCGAGUUUCAGGAGAGCUUCCGUCCUGCAGAGGCCAGCUGGACCGAAAAACACCCUGGAUUUGUCCAUGAGGUCAUCACCGAUCAAGUAGCGGUGCACUUGAUCCGCCACCUGUACGCCUCUGUACCAGAGGUCGUCGAAGCCUACAAGUCUCUGCCGCGAGCUAUUCUCAAGGCCGAUUUCUUCCGAUACUUGAUUCUCCUCGCGCGCGGUGGCAUCUACGCCGACAUUGAUACUCUGGCUCUCAAAUCAACCAUUGAGUGGCUUCCAGAGACAUUACCGCGGUCAACUGUUGGAUUGGUGGUUGGCAUCGAAGCAGACCCGGACCGUCCCGACUGGGCAGAGUGGUACUCUCGUCGCAUUCAAUUUUGUCAAUGGACUAUUCAGUCGAAACCCGGUCACCCCGUACUGCGAGACAUUGUUGCCACUAUUACCGAUGCCACGCUGAAAUUGAAAGAGUCUGGUGUCUUGAAGAAAUUAGACAAGUCGGUAGUCGAGUUCACUGGUCCAGCCAUUUGGACCGACGCAGUUUUUCGAUAUUUUAACAACCCUGAAUACUUUGACAUGUCAACAAGCAAAGGGAACAUUACAUGGGAACACUUUACGGGGAUUAAAAAGGCAAAGAAAAUGGGCGAUGUUGUGGUGUUGCCGAUUACGAGUUUCAGCCCCGGCGUCCAGCAAAUGGGUGCAGGAGACGACGAUGAUCCAAUGGCCUUUGUCAAGCACGCUUUUGAGGGAACGUGGAAACCUGAAAAAGAGCGCCAUCCGGAACUGCACAAUAAAUAAACUGGUUGGCCGUCUUCCACUUUUUACUCGCCUGCUAUGGUUGAGUUUUCCAUAUCCGUCAGCCUUGACACCCCUUGCGGUGUCAUCCCGUACCGUCUUACGAUAACGAAACCGGAUUCGCAACUUUGCGUAUCUAGCCAGCCUUGACAUAUAACUUACU